CCGAGUCGACGACGACGACAAAGAAACAGAGAGAGCGACGCCGACGUGAUGGGUCCACAGCACCGCAGUACUGUGCUGCCCUCUAGAGGAGCGGCGGAGUCGGCACAGAUCUCAUUUCAUCGGUUUCUGAUUGAAGGCCGAGAUGCGGGGACCUUGAAAGCGUUUAAAAUUAAAUGUUGUUUAGGGAGGAGCGCGAAUAGCGCGUAUUGUGAGCUCUCCAAUUAUUUAACUGCAAUUUUUGCAUAUAAAAAAGAAAUGUAACGUAUACUAUCAUAACCAUUUCAGCGAAUGAUAAGAAUCACGGCUUGUUUCAAGCCUAUUACUAUUGUAACGACCCGCGUUACUGAUUGAAUGUAAAUAGUUGCAUUGUGGGAGAUCUGUAAAUAAUGUCUGUAACCGCUGGGGCCACUUCGGGGGGAAAUGGUGGGUUGACUGUGUCUGCUACUAUGUAAAGGAAGCCUAGGGACGCUAAGGUAGGCUGGCUGUAAGCGCACGUCCUGGAGGAAAAGGGGUCCUCGGACCGAGAGUAUUAUUUCCCUUUGUGUUGGUGUUCGAAUAAACCGUUCGUUAUGAACACUACUUCCGCGUCCUUCCUCGCCCCAUCCAAACCCACGGCGCUGCGCGCCACACUAUCAUAGGUACAAAAAGUAUGAAAUUCUUGAGUGCUUUUCCACAGACUAUAAUGAACAAAAACAGUAUGUAAUACUGCACAAAACAAUAAGUCAUGCUAAUAAUAAAUAACAAUAGACAGCCAGAGUACAGUUAAAACUGAGAACGUAAGUGACAGUGACCGUGCUUCGAGGGAGUCCAGCUCUAGUCACUGAAGGUGACACGUUGUACAUAAUACUCGGUGUCUCUGCUGUCUCCGCCGCAAUGUCCCCGGUUUCGAAGAGAUCAUGUCCCAGUCCCCCUAACGACAGCCUGGGGACACGACUGAAGAGAAUUUCCAUCGAAGGCAACAUUGCGGCAGGAAAAUCGACAUUUGUGCAAUUACUGGAGGACUACAGUAAGGACUGGGAGGUAGUACCUGAACCCAUCGCCAGGUGGUGCAAUGUGCAGACUGCACACAGUGAAUUUGAGGAGCUGACCACAUCUCAGAAGAGUGGAGGGAAUGUUCUUCAGCUGAUGUACGAAAAGCCAGAGAGAUGGGCCUAUACCUUCCAGAGCUAUGCCUGCAUGAGCAGAGUGCGUGCUCAGAUGAAAUCUACCAAUGGGAAAAUCCAGGAGGCUGAGAACCCUGUGCAGUUCUUUGAGAGAUCUGUGUACAGUGACAGAUACAUAUUUGCUGCAAACCUUUAUGAAAGUGAGUGUUUGAAUGACACUGAAUGGGCGAUAUACCAGGACUGGCAUGGAUGGCUCCACAAACAGUUUGGGAAACAUAUUGAACUGGAUGGUAUUAUCUACCUUCGUGCAUCGCCUGAGAAAUGCUUGGAAAGGUUGCAUAUACGAGGGAGAGCGGAGGAACAAGGUAUCCCCCUGGAGUACUUGGAGAAGCUCCACUUCAAACAUGAGUCUUGGCUCCAACAUAAAACGAUGCACAUGGAAUUUCAGUAUCUUAAUGAAUUACCUGUUUUGACAUUGGAUGUAAAUGAGGAUUUUAAGGGGAAGAAAGCAAAAUGUGCCGAUAUGCUCGAAAAGGUAAAAGAAUUUUUGAGUACAUUGUAGAUGGCGAUUGUCUGCAGAAGAGGAGUGUCAUGUCUAGUGCAAAAAGAAGGAUGAAAGUUGAGGUCAUAAGAAUCACUAUUAUAUGAAAUGGAUGACUCAAAGUCAGCGCUAUGGAUUUUUGCACAAUGUACUCUAAUCUUUAAAAAACCAUUUUUGUGUAUACUUCAUUUUCAGACAUGUUUUGGUCCAUUAUGGAUAUUUUUUCAGUUGUGUAGUGCUAUGCAUUGUAGCAUUUUUGUUCUCAUUUGUUAAAUAUAACUUUAAAUAUAAUCAACUUUUCAAGCAUUUUGUCUUAAAGAAAGUGUGGUAAUAUUGAGAAAAUGUACCGUUAGCCAUACAUUAAGUGAAACGUUGGUUGUUACUUGGGUAACAUCAGACAAACAUGACAAUGACAGUGAAUUGCCAUGUUAAUCACACCCCACUGUAAAUUUCAGAAACAAAAUCAUAAACUUGUAUUACAGAACUUCACUCUACGUAGUUAUGACAAAUGCAAUAUAAGUGUUUCAAGAUUUACCAUCCAAAUUUUCAGAGAACAGAGGGUGACUCAAUAAAUGUGAAUA